AUGGCAAGGACGCUCCCCAACAUCAUCGUCACGGGCACGCCCGGCACGGGCAAGACGACACACUGCGAGGUGCUGGCCGAGAAGACUGGGCUGCGGCACCUCAGCGUGAACCAGGUGGUCAAGGAGAGGGAGUGCCACGAGGGCUGGGACGACGAGUACCAGAGCUGGAUCGUCGACGAGGACAAGCUCUUGGACUCGAUCGAGGAGGAGUGCAAGGCCGGCGGGUGCAUCAUCGACUGGCACGCGUGCGACCUGUUCCCGCGGAGCUGGAUCGACCUGGUCGUCGUGCUGAGGGUGGACUCGGCGGUGCAUUAUGACCGGCUGAAGGCGAGGAACUACCCCGAGGCCAAGAUGCAGGAGAAUAUCGACUCGGAGAUCAUGGAGGUGCUGUCGCAGGAGGCGCGGGAGUCGUACGACGAGGAGAUUGUCGUGGAGCUGCAGAGCAACACGGCCGAGGAGAUGGAGACCAACAUCGAGCGCAUCGAGGGCUGGCUGAGGCAGUGGAAGGAGGACAAUGCGGGCCGGUGA